CUCCCGAUCCCUCCCGACCAGUCAGGUUGAUAGUGAUCUUGAAAGCACUCCGUCUCCUACGACUGGUCUAUAUUAGACUCCUAGGAGGCUAGUACUACACUACCACUACUACCCUACCCUGGUCAUUCUGCACUUCCCCGGGUUUGCGGACUACAUCGGCCCGGAUAGGAAUGUCUUCCCUUGGCACAACUCGGCUUGAGGAUUCAAAGGACACGAGGGGUACGAAGAUUUCUUCCCGAGUACGGCCUACUCGUAUGUUCAUGGAAUGAUGAGGAUGAUUUUUGACUAGUGGUGAGAGGGAGGAGUGGAAUGUCAUCAUCAUCAUCAGACAGUUGGGCGGUAGUUAGUCGUUCGAUCAAACAUCACAUCGUCAUGCCGCUGGGGAAAACGAGGAGGAAAGACCCACCGCUGCCGGUGUCAGUCUGGCUGAGAACUACACACACACUACACAACUUCCUUUACACUUACGUCGUAGUCUCGGUCUUCUCGGUCUCCCCCACCCACCUAGUGACGUUAUUCUCUCCUCCACCUCGUCUUUCCAAUUGCUGGCUCCAUGUUGAAUUCGGCCCUCAUCGACUCGGUCCAAUUCCAUCUUCCAAAACUCGAAGACAAUCCAUGUGGGUCUUUAUACACUUAUUGUCUCCCCCAGCUUUCUCGAUCCUUCUCGAUUUCUCGCUUCAUACAUGAGAAUAGAAAGGAAAAGGCACACCAAAUUUACACACCAAUGGCUUCAUCGCCGUUUCCCGCCCGGCCCAAUCGAGUUUUUCCCUCACUUUCCACCCAUUUCCAU